AUGGUCGUCGCUCUCACGUUCGCUGUCGCUGCUACAACCUUUACUUCGCACCUUGACGCAGGUUCGCUCUUCCCUCGCACGUCCUGCUCAGCGAGUACCCCGCUAUCCUGCCACAACACGACGAAGCAGACCAACUUGUGCUGCUUCGAAUCUCCUGGAGGCUCGAUCUUGCAGACACAGUUCUGGGACACGGAUCCUAGCACUGGCCCUACCAACUCUUGGACGAUCCAUGGUCUCUGGCCUGAUCACUGUGACAACUCCUACUCCGAAAACUGCGAUCCCUCGCGUUACUAUUCCAGCAUCACCAACAUCCUUGAGAAUGCCGGUGCGACAGACGUACUUUCAUACAUGCAAACAUACUGGAAGAACGACCCGAACGACGGGAGCGAUGAAGAGUUCUGGGAGCACGAGUGGGACACGCAUGGUACGUGCUAUUCCACACUCGCCCCGGCUUGCAUCUCCAGCAACGUCGAGGGGCAGGACGCAGUGUACUUCUUCACCCGGGUAGUGAAUACGUUCAAGACGCUAAACACGUACGACUUCCUCUUCUCGCAGGGGAUAACCCCAUCCUCCAGUCAGACGCACACGCUCUCCUCACUCCAAACCGCCCUCAAGUCCGCGUACGGGUACACACCCGCGCUCACCUGCUCCGGGUCAGACCUGAACCAGAUCGCAUACUACUUCAACCUCCAGGGGUCGCUGAUCGACGGCGUGCUGGAAUCGUAUGACGCCCCCAGUGGGGGGUCGGACUGCCCAACCAGCGGGAUCCGGUAUCUCCCCAAGUCCGGGUCAGGCUCCAGCCCACCUCCGACCACGACCACGACCUCUGCUGGGACGAGCCCAACACGUGGAGCCGGCUUGCCGAACAAAGCCACGCUCCAGUCUUCGACUGGCACUGGGUGUCUGCUGAGCUACGGCACCUGGUCUACUCAGACGUGUGCAACGUUCACCUUCUCUGGCACCCUGAGCGGGUUCACGUUAACGAGCUCCAAGGGAGGGUGUGGAGUUCAGGGAGGGAUAUUGACCUGCGGAAAUGAGAAUGAGGGAACUUUCACGGCACUUAGUGCGAGUGGGGGGGAGAUGUCACUUGCUUGGGGUGGGAGUACGACUUUUAGCUCUGAUGCGGUGCCGAGUGGUCAGGUGCAGGAGAGGGUGUACACGGGCUCCGGGCACGAGAAGGUGCUGAGUUUCAUCAUAUCGUAA